AUGACCGAGGAGCCGGACUACGGUCCUCCGACUCCGUGUCGCGCGUCGUUCUCCCACGUGCCCAACGAGCCGACGGAGCUGCCGCUGGCGGCGGACGAGGCCCUGGAGUGCUGGCCGGAUGAAAGCGGCUGGUGGUACGCGCGGAAGCGCGACGGCAGCGAGGGCUACGUGCCGAGGACGUUCAUCGUGCUCGACGCUGCCGCCGCCGAGGGCGACGACGCGGCCGACGCCGACGACGACUUCGACUUCAAGCUCAAGAUGGCGAUGGCGCUGUCUCUGAGCGAGUCGUCCGCCGCCGCGCCCGCGCCCGCGCCGGCGCCGCCGAGCGCGCCGGAGCCGCCGCCGCGGCUCCCGGCGCGGCCGGCGAGCGCGUCCUUCGCCGCGCUCCAGCGCCCGGCGCCGGCGCCGCGGCCGCGGCCGCUGAGCGUCGACUCCGCGCUCUUCGCGGAAUCGCCCGAGCCCAUCGACGCGGCGAGCCUCGCGUCGCCGCGGCGCGCGUCCGGCGGGCCCCGCCUCUCGACGCCGCGCGCGGCGCUGAAGAGCGCGCGCCGGAGCCUCCGGGGCCUCGUCGGCGGCAAGAAGCGGAGCCCGUCGGCCGCGGACGCGGCGCCGCCGCCGCCGGCCGACGCGGGGCGCGACGCCGAGAUCGAGGCGCUCCGGGCGCGCAACGAGGCCCUCGAGGCCGCGCGGCGGUCCUCGGAGGCGGAGCGCGCGCGCCUCGCGCGCGAGCUCGACGUCCGCCGCGCGGCGCCGCCGCCGGCCGCCGCGGCCGCGCCGCCGCCGCCGCCGCCGCCGGAGGACCUCGACCCGGGCGACGAGUGCGCCGUCUGCAUGGAGCGGGCCAAGGACACGGCCCUCGUGCCCUGUGGCCACGUCCUCUGCGGCGUCUGCGUGUCCAAGGCCAACGACUCGAGGAUCGUCGACGAGUGCCCCGUGUGCCGCGUCGCCGUGCGGCACACGCUCGAGGACUACGCGGCGGCGCCGGGCUUCGAGGACGUGCGCGCGCGGCUGCCGGACCGCGGCGAGGGGCCCGUGAGCCUCGCGGACGCCGCGCGGCUCGACGCGCCGCCGCCGCCGCCGCCGCCGCCGCCGCCGCCGCCGCCGCCGCCGAAGCCCGCGUCGCCGCCGCGGUGGGCCGCGCGCGAGGGCGGCUACCCCGAGGCCGUCCCGCGCCGCGCGAAGGCGCCGGCGCCGGCGCCGCGGCCGAAGCCCGAGCGCCGCCUGCGCCGCGGCGGCUUCGCGGCGCCCCACGCGGGCGCGGCCGCGCGGCGGCCGCUCCACGUGCCUUCGGGACACGGCGCCGCGCGCGCGGGCGACGUCGUCUCGGCCUGGCCCUGCACGACGCCCGUCGGCGUGCCCGCGGGCCUCGACGUCGACGCCGCCGUGCGGCGCUCGUCGAAGCCGCCGCCGCUCCGCCUCGACCUCGAGUGGUGGUGCUACGGCUUCGAGACGACGUUCGUCGUCUCGCGGAACCUCUGGGAGGUCGUCUACGCGGCGGCGGCGCUCGUCGUCGUCUACGACGUCGCGCGGCACCGCCAGCGCCACUUCCGGGGCCACGGCCGGACGCGCGUGUCCGGCGACGCCGCCGCCGACCCCGCGAUCCUCGUCUGGGACGUCGAGACGCUCGUCGUCCAGCACCGCCUCGGCGACGGCUGGUUCAAGGCCGCGGCGCUCCUCGUCUUCUUCAGCCCCGACGCCGAGGCCCUCGUCGCCGUCGACGCGGACACGCAGCACUCGCUGGGCUACUGGCGCCUCGGCGAGCUCCGAAGACGCGCGGAGCUCCGGCGCGAGCGCCGCGCCGCCCAGGCCUCCGCGGGCGAGGCGGCAGCGCACUGGUCCGGCGUCGGCGACGCCGACGAGGCCGGCAGCGCCCUCGCCGCGGCGGAGCGGACGCCCGCGGCGGAGCGCCGCGCGGAGGUCUUCGAGCCGCCGGCGAUCUACGACGGCUGCUGGCUCUUCGAGGACGGCGACCACGCCGAGGCGGAUGUAGACGAAGACGCGGCGCGGGCGGGCACGGCGACGCCGUCCUUCGCGACCGUCGGGCCCGGGCGCCACGUCAAGUUCUGGUUCGCGGAGGCCGACGGCGCCGGGUCGUGGCUCGUGCGGUCCGUCGCCGGGUCCUGGCUCCCGGAGUUCGCGACGACGGCCAUGCACCGCUGCGUCUUCCUGCGGGAGCCGCGGCUCCUGCUCACGGGCGGCGGCGACGGGCGCGUCUACGCGUGGCGGGGGACGGCCUGCUUCGCGGCGUUCGACGCGGGCGACGGCCCGCUCAAGGGGCUCAACCUGAGCCGCGACGGCCGCACGCUCGCGACGGGCGACGCCGCGGGCGUCGUGCGCGCCUGGGGCUUCGACGCGGCGGGGGCCAACGACGCGGGCUUCGCGGCCGUCGGCAAGACGUUCCUCGACGCGCGCGACCGCGCGCCCGGCGACGCCGGCGACGCGGCGCGCGACCUGCGGAGCGCGGCGCGGGGCGCGCCCGUGCGCGACGUCGUCCUCGGCGACGGGGCGGCGAAGCUCGUCGCGGCGACGACGCGCGGCGUCGUCUUCGCCGUCGACGACGGCGCCGCGACCCCAAAACUCGCGGCGCACUUCGCGCCGACGGUGCAGACCGUGCUCUCGGCCGUCGCGGCGCUCGGCGGCGGGUCCUUCGUCGCGUCCGCGGGCGGCGACGGCGUCCUCGCGGUCCGCGACGUCGCCGCGCGGCGCCUCGUCGCCUGGGCGGAGCUGCCGCGGCCGGCGACGGCCAUGGACGCCGUCGGCGCGACGAUCGCCGUCGGCCUCGACGACGGCUCCGUCGCCUUCUUCGCCUGGGACGGCGCGGCCCUCGCGCCGUCGCCGCCGGCCGUCCCGCCGCUCAGGCCGAAGAAGGCCGCGCCGCCCGUCGCGCCGCCGCCGGGCGCCGCGGACCGCGCGGGCCAGGCGCUGACGACCGCGCGGAGCGGCGCCGCCGGCUUCCUCGCCGCGGCGGCCGCGGGCAUGGAGGACGCGCGCGACGGCGCGGAGCCGACGGCCGCGGCGCUGCUCCGCGGCGCCGCGGACGCCGUGCGGCUCUCGCCCGACGGCCGCCGCGUCGCCGUGGGCCACCGCGACGGCGCGAUCGCCGUGCACGGCGCGGCGCCGCCGCGGCGGCGCGUCGCGGCCUUUGGCGUCGCCAGGGCGCGCGUCACGCACCUCGACUGGGACGCCACGUCGACGUGCCUCCGCGUGUGCACGUCGACGAACGAGCUCCUCUACUACGACGUCGACGCGGCCGCGGCCCGCGACGACGCCCCGAAGCCCCACGACUUCGAGCGCCGCGUCGUGCCCGUCGGCGCGCGCGCGGCGAGCGACAAGGCCUGGCCCGGCGCGACCUGCGUCUUCGGCGCGCACGCCAUCGGCGCGUGGCCCGCGGGCCGCGCGAGGGCGGCCGCGGCGCGCGCCGUCGCGUCGCUCCACGCCCUCGAGGGGCUCACGGAGCAGCGCUGGGCGGCGCUCGGCGGCCUGCGGGGCGGCGGGAAGCGCCUGCUGGCCGUCGGCGCCGACGUCGGCGACCUGCGCGUGCUCGCGGCGCCCGCGUGCGUCCAGAACGCGCCCGCGCGCGAGGCGUCGGCGCACGGGAGCCGCUGCGCGGCCGUGCGCUGGCUCAGCGGCUUCGCCCGCGAGGGCGACGACGUCGUCGCGCGGCUCGCGACGGCGGGCGGCCACGACCGGUGCCUGCUCCAGUGGAAGGUCGUGCGCCUGGACGUCGCGAAGACGCAGGACGCGGCCGCGUCCGCGCGCGCGAAGAAGCGCUGGAGCGUGGCCGCGUCGCGGGUCAAGCUCAUCGGCGCGUCCAAGGUCGCCGCCGUGCCGCGCAAGGGCGGCUCGAAGAUGGCGCUCUGCUUCAUGUGCGGCGCGCUGAACCCGGCGGCGACCUUCGCGAACCACCGCAGGACGUGCGCGAGCCGCUGGGCCAAGGCGCGCGACGCCGCGAAGAAGCGGAACCUGCCCGACGACGACGACGACCCGGGGCCCCUGCCGCCGGACCCGCACGCGGGCGUCGACUUUUCCCGCCUCGACCUCGCGGCGCUCGAGGUCGCGAACGACGCGUCCCAGGCGGUCUACUUCGCGCACGCGCUCGCGGAGUGCGAGCACUGCAAGCGGCGCUUCAAGAAGCCCGCGCUCCGCAAGCACCGGCGCGCGUGCACGGCCGCGCGGCCCUUCGCGCCGCCCAUCGCGCGGCGGCCCAAGGACCGGGGGGCCGCCCCGGCGGCCUGGCUCUAA